UGGAGACGGAAGCCGAGCGGGAGCGCUGGUGGCGGCGGCGCGGAGAAUGGGGGACUCCAAAGUGAAAGUGGCCGUGCGGAUCCGGCCCAUGAACCGGCGCGAAUUUGACCUGCAUACCAAAUGUGUGGUGGAUGUAGAUGCAAAUAAAGUUAUCCUUUAUCCUGCAAAUGCUAAUCUUUCCAAAGGAGAUGUCAGAAGCCAGCCAAAGGUAUUUGCUUAUGAUCAUUGCUUCUGGUCUAUGGAUGAAUCUGUCAAAGAAAAAUAUGCAGGUCAAGAUGCUGUUUUUCAGUGCCUUGGAGAAAAUAUCCUUCAGAAUGCCUUUGAUGGCUACAAUGCAUGUAUCUUUGCCUAUGGACAAACUGGGUCUGGAAAAUCCUACACAAUGAUGGGUACCGCCGACCAGCCUGGACUAAUCCCAAGACUUUGCAGUGGUCUUUUUGAAAGAACUCAGAAAGAGGAGAAUGAAGAACAGAGUUUUAAAGUUGAAGUUUCCUACAUGGAAAUCUAUAAUGAGAAAGUGAGAGACCUCUUGGACCCCAAAGGAAGCCGUCAAACAUUGAAAGUCAGAGAACACAAUGUACUGGGUCCUUAUGUAGAUGGGCUUUCUAAACUGGCAGUCACAAGCUACAAGGAUAUUGAGUCCUUGAUGUCAGAAGGCAACAAGUCCCGAACAGUUGCUGCAACCAACAUGAAUGAGGAGAGCAGUCGAUCCCAUGCAGUCUUCAAAAUCACUCUGACCCAUACUUUGUAUGAUGUACAGUCUGGGACAUCAGGAGAGAAGGUGGGCAAACUAAGCCUGGUUGACCUAGCAGGCAGUGAAAGAGCCACAAAAACAGGAGCUGCAGGCGACAGGCUGAAGGAAGGAAGCAACAUUAACAAGUCCCUCACCACCCUUGGUCUGGUUAUCUCAGCCCUUGCAGAUCAGGGUGCUGGAAGAAACAAGAACAAAUUUGUACCAUACCGUGACUCUGUCCUCACCUGGCUCUUAAAAGACAGCCUUGGUGGUAACAGCAAGACAGCCAUGGUGGCCACUGUCAGCCCCGCAGCUGAUAACUAUGAUGAGACCCUUUCAACUCUGAGGUAUGCUGACAGAGCCAAAAACAUUGUGAACCAUGCAGUAGUGAAUGAAGAUCCCAAUGCACGAAUCAUUCGGGAUCUCCGAGAAGAAGUAGAAAAGCUCCGAGAACAGCUGACCAAAGCAGAGGCCAUGAAAUCCCCAGAGCUAAAGGAUCGGCUAGAAGAAUCAGAGAAAUUGAUUCAAGAAAUGACUGUAACCUGGGAAGAGAAAUUAAGAAAAACAGAGGAGAUUGCACAGGAACGACAGAAACAGCUUGAGAGUCUUGGAAUAUCUCUUCAGUCGUCAGGAAUCAAAGUUGGGGAUAAUAAAUGUUUUCUUGUCAAUCUGAAUGCUGAUCCUGCCCUAAAUGAGCUCCUGGUUUACUAUUUAAAGGAACAUACUUUAAUAGGAUCAGCUAAUUCCCAAGAUAUCCAGCUCUGUGGAAUGGGAAUUCUGCCUGAACACUGUAUUAUAGACAUCACACCAGAGGGCCAAGUUAUUCUAACUCCUCAGAAAAACACCAGGACAUUUGUAAAUGGGUCUUCUGUUGCAAGUCCCAUACAGUUACACCAUGGAGACAGAAUCCUGUGGGGAAACAACCACUUUUUCAGACUCAAUUUGCCAAAAAAGAGAAAGAAAAUAGAUAAAGAAGAAGACGAGGACCAAGAAAGUUCUGUGAAGAACAGCAGCAGUGCGGAGCAGCUGGAUGUAGAUGGAGACACUUCCAGCGAGGUGUCCAGUGAAAUUAACUUCAAUUAUGAGUAUGCACAAAUGGAAGUGACUAUGAAGGCUCUGGGGAACAAUGAUCCAAUGCAGUCCAUCCUGUACAGCUUGGAGCAACAGCACGAAGAGGAGAAGCGGUCAGCGCUGGAGCGUCAGAGAGUGAUGUACGAACAUGAGAUCGAGCAGCUAAGAAGAAGACUCUCUCCUGAGAAACAGUCCUACCGGAGUAGCAUGGACAAGUUCCCCUUUCAUUCUCCCAGUGCUCAGCAACGCUCAAGACAGGGGGCAGAAGAGAGAGAAGCAACACUGAACAACAGCCUGAUGAAACUGAGAGAACAGAUUGUCAAAGCCAAUCUGUUAGUGAGAGAAGCUAGUUUCAUUGCAGAAGAACUGGAUAAGAGAACAGAAUAUAAAGUCACCUUACAGAUUCCCGCCUCCAGCCUUGAUGCUAACAGGAAGCGAGGCUCACUUCUCAGUGAACCUGCAAUCCAGGUGAGGAGAAAAGGCAAAGGCAAACAGAUCUGGUCCUUAGAGAAACUGGACAACAGAUUGUUGGACAUGAGGGACCUUUAUCAGGAGUGGAAGGAAUGUGAUGAAGACAGCCCAGUCACAAGGUCUUACUUCAAGAGAGCUGAUCCAUUCUACGAUGAACAAGAGAACCAUAGCCUUAUUGGUGUGGCCAAUGUUUUCCUCAGCUCUCUUUUUUAUGAUGCGAAGUUACAAUAUGCUGUGCCAAUCAUUAACCAAAAAGGAGAGGUAGCAGGUAGGCUGCAUGUGGAAGUGGUGCAGAUCAGUGGUGCUAUUGGAGAUCGAAUCGCAGGUGGGGACGACAGUGUGGACUUUUCAUUCGAUAAGGACACACAGGACCACAAACUAGUAUGCAUGGUUAAAAUACUUCAAGCUACAGGUUUGCCACAACAUCUCUCCAAUUUUGUGUUCUGCAAAUACAGCUUCUGGGAUCAGCAAGAACCUGUUAUUGUUGCACCUGAAGUAGAUACCUCUUCUUCUCCCAUCAACAAAGAGCCUCAGUGCAUGGUGGUCUUUGAUCACUGCAAGAGUUUGUCUGUCAACAUCUCCGAAGAGUUUUAUUGAAUAUCUUUCUGAUGGGCUCUGGCAAUUGAAGUAUAUGGCCACAAGAUGACUGAUCCUCGAAAAAACCCAGCUCUUUGGGAUUUGGGAAUUAUCCAAGCCAAAACACGGAGUCUCCGAGAUAGAUGGAGUGAAGUCACCAGAAAAGUAGAAUUCUGGGUUCAAAUUCUGGAACAGAAUGAAGAUGGGGAAUAUUGUCCAGUGGAAGUGAUUCCUGCAAAGGAUGUGCAGACAGGAGGUAUUUUCCAGCUACGACAGGGGCAGUCACGGCGAAUUCAGGUUGAAGUGAAGUCUGUGCAGGAGUCUGGAACUUUGCCCCUAAUAGAGGAAUCCAUAAUGUCUGUUGGCAUAGGAUGUGUAAAAAUAAGACCUUCACGAUCCCCAAAGACUCACGAGAUUUUCCAUGAGGAAGAAGAUGACAUGGACAGCUACCAGGACAGGGAUUUGGAGAGACUACGUCGAAAAUGGCUCAACACGUUAACCAAACGUCAAGAAUACUUGGAUCAACAACUACAAAAGCUUGUCAGUAAGCCUGAUAAAACAGAAGAUGAUGCUGACAGGGAAGCUCAGCUUCUAGAAAUGAGGCUGACUCUAACUGAGGAAAGGAAUGCUGUCAUGGUCCCGUCGGCCGGCAGCGGUAUCCCUGGGGCUCCAGCAGAAUGGACUCCAGUGCUUGGUAUGGAAACUCAUAUUCCUGUUAUAUUUCUUGACUUGAGUGCUGAUGAUUUCAGCUCACAGGAUAAUCUUGAUGACCCAGAACCAGCAGGAUGGGAUGCUACUCUCACUGGUGAAGAAGAGGAGGAGUUUUUUGAACUGCAGAUUGUAAAACAUCAUGAAGGAGAGGCAAGAGCAGAAGCCUCCUGGGACUCUGCAGUACAUAACUGUCUUCAGCUUAGUAAAGGAGUCACAGCAGAUGAAAGAGUGUUUCUGAUCGUAAGAGUGACAGUCCAGCUCAGCCAUCCUGCCGAAAUGCAGCUGGUGCUCCGUAAACGCAUUUGUGUCAGUGUUCACGGCCGCCAGGGUUUUGCUCAUAGUCUCCUAAAAAAGAUGUCUCAUCGAAGUUCCAUUCCUGGCUGUGGAGUCACCUUUGAAAUUGUCUCCAAUAUCCCAGAGGAUGCACAGGGAGCAGAAGAACGGGAAGCAUUAGCAAGAAUGGCAGCUAAUGUUGAAAACCCAGCCUCUGCAGACUCAGAGGCCUAUAUUGAAAAAUACCUGCGAAGUGUCUUGGCUGUUGAAAACCUUCUCAUUUUGGAUCGUCUUCGUCAGGAAGUUGCUGUAAAGGAGCAGCUAACGGGAAAAGGAAAGCUGAAUAGGAGGAGCAUUAGCUCUCCAAAUGUGAACCGACUCUCUGGAAGCCGACAAGAUCUUAUUCCAACAUACAGUCUAGGUAGUAACAAGGGUCGGUGGGAAAGUCAACAAGAUGUUUCCCAAUCAGAACAUUCCAGAGGCAUGACUCCAGCUCGUUCAACUCUUUCUAGUUGUCCCCAAGAUAACCAUUCCCCAGAACCAGGACUUGGUGGCUUAGCGGCCUCCUACUUGAAUCCAGUAAAAUCCUUUGUGCCACAGAUGCCAAAGCUGCUUAAGUCCCUUUUUCCUGUCCGAGAUGAGAAAAAGGGCAGACAGCCAUCUCCUCUUGCACAGCAGCCCAUUCCCAGAAUUAUGGUACAACCUGUCAGCAUGGAUGUCAGCAGGACCAAGACAAAGCAGGUUACUCAAGAAGAGGAGCGGAAAGAUCUGUCUGAAACUACUCUACCUUCUCCUGCCAUAGGGAAGAAUUCUGAUAAAGUCAACAAAGUGCCUUUUCAGCAACUCCAUUCUUCAAAUAUCCAGACACAGGAUACGCCAGAGGGUCCCCCCAGCCCUCUGAGUGAGGCCUCUAGUGGUUACUUCUCUCAUAGCGUCUCAACGGCAACUCUGUCAGAUGCCCUUGUAACAGGCAUGGACUCCAAUGCCCAUGUUGGCAGUCAGACCCCAAGCACUCCCUCUAAUCCCCUUUGCCAGGUAACACCUGAAGGUGAUGUUCCAUUACCACCAGCUAUUUCAUCCUCAGAGAGUCCUCGUUUGACUCAGAAAGAGAAUUUAACCAACCCAACACAAACACAGAUCCAACAAUUGGAGAAAAAUCAAGAUGGUAGCAGUGGUACCUUAAAGCCCAAGGGAUCAGCUUCCACUGUAAAUAAGAAGGACCUGGAAAAUACCUCUCCUGCUGUUGACACAAAGAGUUUCCUUUCCACUUCUACCCAACAGAAGGAAUCAUUCAGUCAGCUUUCAGCAGCAGAGACCGCAUCUGUCACCAAACAACCCGCCAGACCCAAGGACCCCACAAAGCCAGUCCCCAGCCUGGAAGUCACCAAACCACAACUGCCCCCUGACUUAGUGUCUCAGUCUCCCGCUAUGGCCUCCCCAUUUAAAAUUCAGAAGGUUAGAACUUCAGAACUUAAGUCAUUCACACAAAUGUUGGGAGACUCUAACUGUCCCUCCAGUACAAAUGAAGACCAGCUGACCUUGGGAGGUCACCACAACCCAGGGGGGACAGUCAAGGAAAAGCUAGAAGUGGCAUCAGACUCAGAAGAUGCUGAUGAAGUCCCAGAAUGGUUAAAAGAGGGAGAAUAUGUUACUGUGGGCACUAAUAAAACAGGAAUCGUCAGAUAUAUUGGACCGACAGACUUUCAAGAGGGCACUUGGAUUGGAGUGGAGUUGGAUCUCCCUUCAGGUAAGAAUGACGGCUCCAUUGGGGGGAAGCAGUAUUUCAAAUGCAACCCUGGCUAUGGUCUCCUGGUGAAGCCAGGCCGGAUCAAGAAGGCCAGUGGGCCGGCCCGGAGGCGCAGUGCCGGCCUCAGGCUUCAAGGUGUGAUGACCGAACAUCGGAAGAGCGGGAGCUUGUCGGGCUCCGCCUCCAACCUGGCUUCGCUGACGGCCCUGGCCAAGGCCGAAGGGGGAUCCACACUGCGGUCUGAGAGGAGCCAGAAGACCCCAGAAAACCGGAAAUCUUGGGCCAGUUAAACGGGGUCUGGCUAGCCAGGAGCCUCCGUCGUGGCAUCUGCUGCUUCCCUUCUAGGCAAACACUACUGGAGACGAUCCCAUGUAACCUCGUGGCCCUUCUAUCCAUCUCUGGGCGACUGGAGCUCCCUGGUGGGAGCUCUGACGGGAGCAUUGCAAGAGGCGCGAGUGGUUUGACAUGACUGUCCUUCCUGUCUUGGGAGUGUACUUGACUCAUCCCCAGGUUUUUGCUGGACUUCAGGGCUUCAGCCCUGACUCUGCCCGGCUGUCUGCUCAGACCACAGCUCUGGGCUUGUCUUGAGCUCUGGCCUUCCUGGGUCUCUUGGUUAUACUUUACUUGUGAUUUUCUGAUGAUUCCAUUAACCUUGUCUUUUUAAGUAUAAUGAAAACUGAGGCCUCCUUUCCCUACCCCCAAGUAUGACUUCAUUCUGGCCUGAGAUCUCAAGGCCUCUUGGUGUUCAACUCCUUUCUGGGACCAUUCCUUCUUUUUCACCCACCUGGAAAAAAGGCUUUCCAAAACAGUGCCUACCCGGGGUGAAGGGUCUUUGUUUUCUUUGAGUAGCCUCAAGCUGCAAGGCGUACCCCCAUGCCCCUUUCUCCCUUACUGUCUUUUACAGGGUCUGUAGUUUGAAAAGAACAUCCUUGCCUUAAACCUGGAAGACUGUCUUGUUUCCCAGUGAUGCCCUUAAGAGUGUUUGGCUAGUAUUUAUUUGUAUUUAUUAUUUUUUUUAAUCCUAAAUAAUGUGCGAGCUACAAUCUUUCACUGCCUUCCGUACACCUAGGUGCCUUCACCUUGCUUGGGGCUUCGCAAGAGGUAUGUGGCCUUGUGCAGAAGGGGCUGGCUGCUCAGGACAGUCUGGCAGGGUGGGCUGGGGGCUAGGGGACGUUUGACUGUGCUCCUUUCAUUUUCAGACACACAAGUGCCCUUAUUCACAUGAAACAGAAGCAAAAAGAAUUUCACAAAAUUCUAUACACUGAAUAACUUCAAUGUUUUUUGUCUUAGUCACCGGGGAAGAGGGGAGGGCAAGCUUUCUACUACCGUGGUGUUGUUGUUGUUGUUGUUUGCUCCUGGAACAGUCCCAAAGCUGGCUCUAGGCACCUGAUGCUUCCUGGGUCCUGCCCCACCCAGCCCUAAUGACUCCUAAGUUAACUUAGCUUUAGUACUUGUUCUUGUGUGGGUGGGUGCAUGUGUGUCUGUGUGUGUGUGUUGGCAUUCCCAUUACUUCCCCUAUGUAUAUCUUUAGGAGGGAUCCUUAACUGGUGCUAAAUUUGAAGGAGUCUUUUGUCUUGGAUUGGGAAAAAGCCUUGAUUUCCAUUCACCUAACUGAAAGUCUGCAUUUCUUUCCAUCACGAACAUAGGCAACAAAACAUCCUGAGGAGAGGUCCAUGGGUUUCACCUGACCUCUAGAGAGGACCGGGCCACAGAGGCUGAGUCUCAUCCAUCUACUGUAGGAUGUUUUGGGCUAGGUCCCAGAGGCUGUAGGCCUGGAAGAGGUGCUGAGUGGUUAGUUAGCCUGGGCACAUCCUAAACCACUCAGAAGCUCUUUUCCUCAAAGACUUCUCUGAUCAGCCUCAUCUUUUCUAUCCCAGCCCUUAGCUAAGCUAGCAGGGGAAGGACAUUCUAUAGAAGAUGGACUUCGGGGCUUGUGUGUUUGAACAAGUGGGAUCAGUUUGAUAAGUUAAGCAGCAAGUGAAAAAGCAGCAUGUUUUGGAUACCCCAGGAGCAUCACAAGCCUCUUAAGAUCCCCGAGUGCAGCAGCUAAGCAUAACCUUUGUAUCUUCCCCAGAGCCCAGCAUCAGACUGGAUGCUAAGUUCAUGCUUAAUAAAUGCUUGGUAAGUUGAAUUAAUAAAUAGUUGAUUCUAAAGUAGCAGUACUUACAUUAUCUGUCCUCACCCAUGAGACUUGGACAUAAAAGUGCCCAAGAAACACAUCUAUUUAAUUUUAUUCGCACAUUGUCCCCUUAUAAUCAUGCAGUUGGUCCUCAUGUUUGUAAGCCCCUGGUAGGCAUCUCAUUGGGAAAUGUCUGGGACUCUCAAGCAAUGUAAACUUGCCCCUGAAUAGGGAUGGUAAAAGCUGUCAGCGUCCCUGCACGGCUGUUGGGGUCUUCAUUGUGGAUUCUGCAGAGGCCUCUGCCUGGGGUUCAGUGGAUUGGAAUCACCAGAACACUUGACCCUAAUCUUAGCUUUGUCACUGAUAUGGAACAGUGGGGAAAGCACCAUCCUUAGAGUCAGGACCUGUGUUCUAAUGCUGGCUCUGGUAUUUCCUGCCUGGAUAACCUUGGGCAAGUCAUUCAGCUUCUAUCUUCCUCAGUUUCUUUUUUUUUUAUGUAUGUAUGUGUGUGAAAUGAGAUGAUCUCUAGGGCCUCUCUCUGCUUUGAUUCUGUGACCCCGAGUUCCUUUCCCUUUCUCUGUCUCAGUUUCACUGUCUGUAAAAUAAUGAGGUUGGACAACAGGAUCCUAAAGGCUCCUUCUAGUUACAGAUCCUGUAACCAUCUUUGCAGCGAAUGCCUCAUAGGAACAAAAGAAGAGGAUGUUCGGCAAUGGAGCCUGGGGGAGCUGCCCCCUCCUGAGAUUUAGUUUUCAAGGGAGAGGGGGAGAAAUUAUCACUGGCACUCACAAUCCAGACACUCGUUAAAUAGCUGGGUGAUGCCCUGUGAAGAAGCUUAAGAUUAAUUAACUUCCAUUAAUUAAAAUCCUAGUAAUUGCUUGCAACGCUGCCUUAAAUUAAAUUUCUUUAACAAUCCGCUGUUUUCCAAGUGAUUUGCCUUCUUCUUCCCCUAAUCCCCCUCCAUAGGUAUAGUUGAGCUGAGGAGGGCAUAAACAUUUGUAACAAAACGGGUUUAGAGAGAUCAGGAGGUCAGGUCUCCAGCUUUCUUGGGUCUCUCCUGCUGGAGCCCCUAGUGUCGUCCCUUCUCCUUCUCUGAGCAUCCUUCAUGCACUGAGCAAACUUGGCUACCAGGUUGUCCCGGCUUUGAUCCAGGGAGAGCAUCGAUUGACUGCCAGCUGCCUCUGAGCUCUUAUCUCUGCAACAUCCUGGGAUGAGAACAGAGGAUGUCCUAGGGUGUUAGACCUGAAAGGGACCCUUGGAGACCUUCUGAUUCUCCUUUUAUAGGUGGGGAGACAGACCCAGAAAGGGCAAGUGAGGUGUCCAAGGUCAUGCAGAGCCUGGUAUCACAGCCCUCAUCACACCACCAGGGCUGUGGCCAUUUGUCAACUCCAUAGGAAACCUGUGCAGAAUUUCCACCCUCAGUUUCUAGGAGGCCAGGGAUCUCUUUUCCACCCCUUAUGUGGCAGCAUUCUAGUGAAGAUGCUGUUGCAGGAACAGGCCCCGAGCAGUAGUGGAAGGCCUUUGUUUGUGCUCACUCACUACAUGGCCUUUGGUUUUCCUUUUCCUAAGCUUGUCUUUGAGACUGUAGCUUCUCUCAAAAAAAUAGAUCCUCCGCAACCCCCAGAGGGAGGAGCAGAGGUCUUUUGCCCUUCUGUGUUGGCCUUUCUGGACAAGCCCUGCGUCCCUGUUCCGUGUGUGAGCUUGAGAGGGCUGGGUCUCAGCAUCUCCUGGGAUCAAGAUGGGCCCAGGGCCUGCUCAUUUGCAGUUUUGUAGCAAGGCACUCAUUUUUAUUCCUUCCUGUCAUCAGCUCACAGUUUGGGGACACCUGCUGGGUGUGUGACAAUGGAUACGGUGCUGUCACUUCUGUGUCCCGAUUUUCCACUUAACCUUCCCACCACUGAAGUCAUUUUCAAAAUCUCUUCCAGUUGAGAUUCUUCUCUUCUUUAUUCCCAUCAUCAUUAAAACUGAUGACCCUUUAAGUCCCAACAGAAAGAUGUUUCUCUGUGGAGGAGGGGGGAGAAGCCCAAGCCCUCCAGGGGCCAAGUACCCCCACCCCUUCCUUGUUUGGAAAGUGACUAUUUGGGUUAUCAAGUCACAUACCAAACUCUUUGGAGAAAAGGCCCCAUGGGAAGCAAAGGUUGUGCCUCCUAGUUGUUGGUUUUUUUCAUGUUGUCUUCCUCUCAUGCCUGUCAGUCAACAGAGCAGCUGAAGCAACACCCAAAGCCUUAAGCGGAGGAAAGGGGCUUCGAACCAAACUGACAAUGAGAGAGUUGUUGAUCUGAGCAGAUCUGUACUGAGACACAGCGGACAGCAGCAAAUUGGUCCUAAACUCCCCCACCCCUUCCCAAGCACCCCAUCCAUGUCCACGGAGGACCCGUCAGUCUCUGCAGCCUCAGCACGCCAUCACAUGCGACUCUUGACCUUAGAACCUGCCAGUUGACUGCUCACUUGCAGGCUUAGACCAGCUCGGUCACUUAAACUCUCUCUUCUCGGGUGGGAUUCUCAUGCACUUUACAUGGAUAAAGACGUCUCCCCUAUAGACUUUCUACAACUAUUGCCCUCGAUCUGAGUGUGAGCUAGAGUUUUGUGUCCUUGGGCCAGAAUCUCCAAGGACAACUGCAUGUUGCUUAGGAUACAGGGUAUUUGUGUGAUGAGGCUGCUUUAUACGGUCUCAGGAUGUGUCUGUGGAAGGAGUUCUGUGUGCUCCUGAUUUGUCUGUCAUACCAAUGAAGGUUAAAACAACAUUCCCUGUUCUAUAAGUGAGUCGGAAUACGUGAGUCUGAGCUGGUAGACGUUCUCUGUGAGAGACUGGUCCAAAUCCACACUGGUUGGUGUGUUGUAUAGCCUUUGGCUUCUCAAAAAUGAGUGCAAUUGAGGCCAAGCUGUCUAGGCCACUGACUCAGUAGGCCCCUGCUUGCAACAGCGGUGUGCUUUUUAGCGCCUUGUGAUUCCCAUAGAUGCAUCUUCCAGAGUCACAUGUUUUUUGAGUAUCAGUAGUAUAUUGAAUUAUUGGGGCAGAUCCUUGACUUCCUUCACCGGUUUGAUCCCAGAGCUCUUGCACUAAUAUUCAUGCCUUUCAAAGUGCCUUAUCCCUGGGACGGUGUCUACUGAAUCAGGAGAGAGAAAUUCGAAGUGAGCCCCAAGUGAUCUGUGUCUUUCAAGUGAUGUUUCCUUGAGGCGGGCAGCUCAAGAAAUAAGACCCGGCCUCAGUCCAUUUCACUGGGUUCUGAAAAACUGAUUUAAUUGAUGUUUUGUUUUCUUGGUUCAGAAAUACCACAAACUCACUAUUAGAUCUCUAAUUGUGCCUGGAAGUGUCAGGAAGUUUUAUUGGGAGGAUGGGACAAAAAGAGUGCCUGGGAAUGCCCUGAGAAAGGUUUGUAGCGCUGAGCUGAUAGUAGCGCACUACAUGUGUGAUUGCACAUGCUUCUCCUCUUACUUUUUUGGUCCAUGGCGUGUGCCUGGUUUUUUGUGAUGUACAUAUUUCAUUUCAAGGAAGUUUACGGCUGAAAAUGUUCAAGGCCUUUCCUCAGUUUUUUUUUGUUGUUGUUGUUUGGGUUUUUUGUUUGUUUUUUUUUAGUGAGGCAAUUGGGGUUAAGUGACUUGCCCAGGGUCACACAGCUAGUAAGUGUUAAGUGUCUGAGUCUGGAUUUGAACUCAGGUCCUCCUGAAUCCAGGGCCGGUGCUUUAUCCACUGAGCCACCUAGCUGCCCCUUUCCUCAGGUUUUUUGAAAUUUUUGGAUUGGGUUCAUUUUUAGCAGGCAAGGAUGUGGCUGUACAGACAACUUGAACUUCUCUGAGGAGGACAUGGGAAGGCAGUGUUUUUGGCUAUAGGCUGUACGGGGGGGUUUUAAAGCCGUCGUGAAGACAGGAAAGGCAGUAACAGGGCCAUUUGAGCAUGUGUGAAGAGGAGAACACGUAACAGCAUGGUGAGCAGGGGGGAACAGAGAGGUCCAGCACAGGCAUGGAGGGGUUCCUAAACCACUGCUGCCUUUGCAGAACUUGGAUACAGUGACUUGUCUACCCUCUUUUUUUUUUUUUAAAGUGAAGCAAUUGGGGUUAAGUGACUUGCCCAGGGUCACACAGCUAGUAAGUGUCAAGUGUCUGAGGCCAGAUUUGAACUCAGGUAGUCCUGACUCCAGGGCCAGCGCUUUAACCACUGCGCCACCUAGCUGCCCCAUGUCUGCCCUCUUCUUACAGGUAAUGCCAUAUCAUCUCUCCUUGCUUUUCUUCCCUCCAUGGGAAUGGGCAACACACUCUCCUCCCAUUAUACUCAUACAUUCUUUUGGCUCCGCAAUCCCAGACCAUGUCCAUGACCAUCACUGAACUAGCCUAGUUGCUUCUGUCCUCCUGGCCCCUAAUAUCCUGCCUACAAAUAGGCCCCUGAGGUGUUUAGAUCGAACCUCACAGGCUUUGAGCUCCGAGUAUUGGCCCCCACUUGAAAUUUACCAUUGUCCCCUGAAUCCAUGCAGUUGGCAGCCACUAACACACCUUCCCUUUUGGGGCACUGUUGAGGGAGGGCAAGUUUAAGAGGAUCUUCAUUGGGUUUACUCUUCACAAAUCAAAAUCAGCCCAAACAGGAAGCGUGUGUGCUCAGUCAUGGGUUAGUCCCUACAUUAACAGCUAAGUUUAGGCCCGGUGGGGUUGGAUCUGGGCGGCUAUACCCUCAGCUCUCUUUUUGAUCCUGAAAACACGGAUUGGAUUGGAAUCAAGAUUAUCUGUUUUUACACCGUGGUCCAUGAUACUUUUCCUUCAUUACUGACACUAAUUGUAAUUGACUAUGUUGGAAGAGGUUUGCGCAUCAUCUUUCUCAUUGUGGAUUUUUGUAAAUGUGGUGGGUUUAUUGUAUAUAGAGAAAGGGCUUUUCAGAUUUGGGGCUGAUGUUGACUUUGUAUGUGUCAACUGAGAGUUAAAAAUCCAAAGACAAUGUAAUGAAUUGUAAAGAUUUUAAUGAUUUAUACUGUAUAAUAAACUAAACUAUUGUAAUAUUGUAUCAUAUGCAUCAUGUGACCAACAGCAUCUAAAUAAAAUCAAAAUUAUUCCUUGGCCAUA